AUUGACUGUACGAAAAGAAUUAAAGUUGCCAAGUUGGGCAGGACUCACUCUGGAGGUUUGAGGCUUGCUUUUGCAAUUGUAAUUCUAGGGUUUAUACAUCGCCCUAUUUUCUCUCCGUUUACCACCGAAUAACAGUAUCGCAUACCAUCGAGAGCCAUGGAUUCUUUUUCGUCACCGUCAAUUGGAUCGGGAUCGUCUAAUAUGUCAACCUCGGAUCUCAUGGACCAGUUGAAGACUCAGCUCGCCCAGGCUUACGCUCAGGAGUUCCUCGAGACUGUUAGGGGGAAAUGUUUUGACAAGUGCAUCACAAAACCAAGUUCAAGCCUGAGUGGGAGCGAAAGUAGCUGCAUCUCCAGGUGUGUGGACCGUUACAUAGAGGCUACUGGGAUUGUUAGCAGAGCUCUUUUCAAUGCACCACACUGAAUUUAGUAGAAAGUUCUCCAGAAGAAUGCACCAACAUUGAGAGAUUUUGCUUUCAUACUUGUAUCCAUCUCAAAUAUUUUGCCAUGGGACAAAUAUUUUCAUUGCCUUGAGUACUAAUUUAUGUGCAGCCAUUCGAAACUGUGUUGCCUCUGAGCUUGUUGCCAUUUAUUCUGCUAGUUCUAAAAGCAUAGCUUGGGAUAUUACAAUGUUAGUGGAGUGGAAUGGUUAUUUUUUAAGUAUGCCAGUAAGAAUAAAUUUUGCUAUUA